GACCGAGAUAGCAUUAUAAGAAGUUUCAAUGUAUAAGACCUUUGAUUCUUCUCGCUUCCAUUAUCGCUUCUACAGUACAACAACUUCCAUGUUUAAUAGGUUGACGAGUAAUCUUACUCAAUAUCGAUUGUACAAUACCCGAUGAAGAUUGUCGCUACCUUAUCUUUCCUGGCUCUUGGCCUCAUCGGUGCUUCUGCCGCUACUCCCUCUCUGCGAUUCGCAAAGCGCAACUCACCCAACGGUUGUGCGGACGGCGUCCCAAGCCAGGCCGCCAUCGCAGGCGCAAUUAAUCAGUGGAACAGUGAUGUCACCACCGUCAAUGAUUUUCUCGAUGUCGCGACUUCUCUGCAAGGGCUCCAUUUACAAUUACAGCUCGUAGUCGCCCUCAGAGCUGCUAACGACGAGCCCGACCAAUUACAAAUUCUCGCGUGUGCGUCAGAUGUGAGUCCCAGCACGGUUGCGCAGGCCGCCGCAGACGACUUAUUCACGGGGUUCGGGCCCAACGUACUCACGCCCUUAAGCAACAUCCUCAACGAUCCAUCAUCGAUUACGCAGAAUUUGCAGCUAAUCAAUCAAUUUCGCUGCUGCGAUGUGCUACCGGACCUUGACACCUUAUGGAGCUUCACUGCCGAGGACGACGGCGUUGCCAAUCAGGUGCCAAUGUCGGCUCCUAGACCGACAGCCUGUGCGUCCAUAUAUUGCUGAGUGGACAUGGAAAUACGACGACAGGGGAUAGUGGCACAAUCGAAAGUAAUUAUUUACCUGGUCGGAAGGCAAGGAGUAAUUCGCGGAGGUGGGAUUCUUGGAGGGCAUUUGAGAUAGCGAACGAGCCGUUCCAUAGGAAAGCUUCAGCGCGGGCUACGCCCGUAGGGGACUAGCUAGUUUUCUACAUGGCUCGCUUCCACAGUAAACUCCGGUUCAUUCCUACUCACAGUUACGGCAUAGAGUCUUGGGGAAAGGCAAGCAACCACGCCCGAGGAAGGCAUGUGAAAUAAUGCCGCUGAACGGCGUUAUAUCACGUGUUUUACCCGAUAUUUCGCCAGAGCCAAGUUUCAUAGAGUAAACAAAAAGGGACCAGAAACGGCCUCCCUGGUACGCUGAACAAUGCAAGCUUUCGAUAACCGGAGCG